CUGAAGCCUGUGCAGAUGUUUUGGGUUUAGCCAAAGAAGCAAGAAAGCGAAAUCUUGGCCCUCUUCAUCCAUCCUUCAAUGUGAUGAAAAUAAUAAGAGAUGGACUCUGCAAAAAUCUUCCAGAAAACACUCAUCAGUUGAUAUCAGGAAAGCUUCAGAUUUCACUUACCAGAGUGUCUGAUGGCAAAAACGUGUUGGUAUCCAACUUUAAAUCUAAAGAAGAAGUUGUGCAGGCUUUGCUUUGUAGUUCAUUUGUGCCAAUAUAUUGCGGCCUCAUUCCACCUUCAUUUAGAGGAGUGCGCUAUGUGGAUGGUGGAAUAAGUGACAACUUACCUCAGUAUAACUCAAAGAAUACCAUCACAAUUUCGCCUUUCUCUGGAGAGUGUGAUAUUUGUCCCAAGGGAAACUCUGCAAACUUCCAUGAAAUGAAUUUGACCAACACCAGCAUUCAAUUUAGCUUAGGGAACAUCUAUCGUUUAACUCAAGCACUUUUCCCCCCAGAACCCAAGGUAAUGUAUAUUCUCUGUUUUCUGCAAAAUGAAUUCUCUCAUUAGAGGUCUUAACACAUAUACUUCUGUGUUCCCGUGUGAUAGCUAUAUAAAUACAAAACUGUCUCCGGAGGAGCAUACACAAAUUUGAGUCCCUCUGGUAAAUUCAUCUGUUAUAAAUUCACUGAAAGAAACUCCUGUUAAUAGGAAACAAUGUAAAUAGCCGUCUCAAUCUUUGAUUCCCCAGAUCUUACUUAGUAUGAUCUAUCUGAACUUAUGAUGGAAGUUGUAAGCUUAAGAAUAUUAGAAAAUAUAAAAAAUGGUACCUUUGUAUUUUAGGGGUCAGUUGAUUAGAGCAGUUUUGAUUCAAUUCAUAUGCCAGAAAGGUAUAGUAUAUAAAUACUGUUCAGUGUAAUUACAUGAAAUAGUU